CCAAUCUAUUUCCCUUUCUUCCCCAUCACCCAAACCCCCCUCGAACCCAACACUACUAGUGGUCCAUCUCUCUUCACUCUCACUCUCUUCAUAUAUAUAAAUAAUAUUACUUUCUAUCUUUCACUUGUGUAGUGUGAAAUUGGGUUUGGUUAUUGAAGAGAAGAAAAAUGGACCAUAGCGCAGAUGCACAACGCACGGACUUGAUGACCAUAACGCGGUUCGUGCUGAACGAGCAAUCAAAGCACCCUGAGUCACGCGGCGAUUUCACCAUCUUGCUUAAUCACAUUGUUCUUGGCUGCAAGUUCGUUUGUUCUGCUGUUAACAAGGCUGGUCUUGCUAAACUCAUUGGACUCGCUGGAGAUACUAAUAUUCAGGGCGAAGAACAGAAGAAACUGGAUGUGCUUUCCAAUGAGGUCUUCAUCAAGGCUUUGAUAAGCAGUGGCCGAACUUGCGUCUUGGUUUCUGAAGAAGAUGAGGAGGCAGUGUUUGUGGAACCUUCUAAGCGUGGAAAGUACUGUGUUGUUUUUGAUCCGUUGGAUGGCUCCUCUAACAUUGAUUGUGGUGUUUCCAUUGGCACAAUUUUUGGGAUUUAUAUGGUAAAAGAUGGCCAUGAACCAACCAUAGAAGAUGUUCUGCAACCUGGGAAGAACAUGGUGGCAGCUGGUUAUUGUAUGUAUGGAAGUUCUUGCACGCUUGUUUUAAGCACUGGAACUGGUGUUAAUGGUUUCACCCUUGAUCCAUCUCUUGGUGAGUUCAUCCUAACUCACCCUGACAUUAAGAUCCCAAAGAAAGGCAAGAUUUAUUCAGUGAAUGAAGGAAAUGCCAAAAACUGGGAUGGUCCUACUGCCACUUAUGUGGAGAAGUGCAAGUUUCCAAAAGAUGGUUCAUCGCCUAAGUCUCUACGAUAUAUUGGAAGCAUGGUAGCUGAUGUUCAUCGUACAUUGCUUUAUGGAGGCAUCUUUUUGUACCCUGCUGAUAAAAAAAGUCCAAAUGGAAAACUUCGUGUGUUGUAUGAAGUCUUCCCAAUGUCAUUCUUGAUGGAACAAGCAGGAGGACAGGCUUUCACGGGAAAGCAAAGGGCACUCGAUUUAAUUCCAACGAAAUUACAUGAGCGAUCACCUAUAUUCCUCGGUAGCUAUGAUGAUGUUGAGGAAAUCAAAGCUCUUUAUGCUGCUGAGAAUAAAUAGGAAUGAACGGAAAGGCAUGCUCGUGUCUUUCGUUACUUACUACUUACUAGCACUUGUUAUUUGUUAUAAUAUGUUAGACUAACAAAUAACAAGUGCUUUUAAGGAAAAUUCUUAUCUGGUUAUCAAUAUGUUAAUAAAACUUGCUAAUGUACCAGCCACGGUUAUAGAAUAUAUCGAUGGAGAAACAAUAUUUAGAUUUAAUUAACACUUUACAUGUUACUGAAGAUGGAUAACUCUUAUUUUUCCUUUAGCUGUAUAUCUAAGUGAAAUUCCAUAAACCUGGUAAUUAUUA